AUGGACGCCCUAUCGCUGCCGCGUUGGCCAGCGUUUGGGGUGUCCGCCACGCCACGGGACAGCGGGAAUGGUGCCCCGCGUUGGCGUUCGCGCUACGGACGCAACGAUAGGCACCUCGACACGGCGCACCCACUACCACGUCAAGACAUGGACAUGCUGGGAUGCUAUAUAAGCCCCGCCGAUCCACCGCACUUCCUCAGCAAACCUUUAGCCACUUACCAGCUUUAUCGUCAGCCAGCAAUCACAAUGCGUGUCGCACUCUUCGUCCUCGCUUUCGCUGCUGUGUUCGUCCUCGCCAACCCCAGCGGUGACAAGAAGAAGGCCAAGAAGACCAAGACUCCUACUCCUGCUGCUGCUGCCGCUGAGGAGCCCGCCCCUGUCGAUGGCGGCGAUGCCCCUGCUGCUUAA